CCCGUUCCCCAACCCUUCCAUUUUCCUUGGCCUCUCCGUCUCUUCCUCGCCCUCCGUCUCUUCCUCACCGCUUGACACUUUCUCGCCGCUGCAACUCCAUCGGCCGCUGCAACUCCAGUAGGAUGGAGGAGGGCAAUGUGAGUUGCGGCGAGGUGUGUCAAAGGUCUUCUAGGUGAAAGUCGAGGAGGAAAGCCAUAGGUGCUUGUAUUGGUGUCUUUAUUUUGGAAGAUAUUGUCCAUGACAAUUAUCCGACGUGGUAGUAUCGGAAAAAAUAUUUGGGGGGUGACUUCUUUCCGUCUGAGGAUGAAGGAGGCAGUGUCGAAUCUGAUGGGGAAGAUGGGGAAUCAGUAACUUCUGCCCAGAUCUUGGAGAUGUCUGAUACAGAAAUAAUUUUAUCUGAGCCCUAUGGAGAUGAGGCUAAAGCACUGCGUUACAGACAGAGGGUGAAAAGGUUGUCGAAGGGGACUUGUAUAACAUCGGGUAGAUGGUGCAACGACGAGGAGUCAUGUGUCGAUAAAGACGAAGGUGAAGAAGGCUGCUCGGGAGGGGGCAUUGAAGGCAACCGGGCCAGAAGUCUGGAAGCACAUGAGAGUAUUUCAAUCUUUGCUUGAAAGCAUUAGAUAAAAUCUUCCAUGUUAACCUUAAUCAUAUAGUCAGUGUUUCGUACAUGAUGCUAUUCAUACCUCAAACACCACCACUCUCAAUCAUUUAACCAGCCCACCAAUCAACCCAAAUCCCUCUUUUAUAACUUCAACCCUACAAAUCCCAGCUCAAAUCACACCUA